AUGUCGGCAGAUCUGUUCGCAGAGUUCGGAAAUGGGCCAUCCACUAGGCAGCCUUCGAAUGCUGCUCGCCAGCAUGCGCCCGCACCUCAGGCGAGCUCUUUAAUCGACGGUCUCGAUGCAUUUGAAGAUGCUACACUCGCCCAAUCUACUCCUCGCCAUCUUAACGAGCCCGCGCCUCUAUCUGGUACUCGCAAGCACUCGAUACAAUAUGAUGAUUUUGGAGAGUUUGAACUGCCGCAGCCUGGUACCAACAACGAUGUGCUUUUCGAUGCCGCGCUCGAGGAAUUUUCAGACGAUGCCAGCGAUGACUGGGGUGAAUUUGAGACUGCAGAACCCUCAAUUGGUCAUAUCAACAAAUACAAAGCCGAAAAGCCUGUCGAGAGACAGGAGACCAUAAAUAAGCCGACCGCCAGCACUUUACAGAAUACUCGAUCACCAUCGGGACUUUCGGGAACGGUGGAUCUAUUGGGCUCGCUAGACUCGCUUUCGUUCCAAGAUAAAUCGGCAGCUAGCUACCAUCGUUCCAUAGAUAUAUUAGUCGACGAUAGCCCAGCGACGAAGAUUGUCAACAUGCAAAAUGCAAAACCGAAACUCCCUGUGCAGGAAGAGCUGUUCGAGGAAUGGGCUGAUUUCACAGAUGGACCGAUAGAGACCACCCAAAGCUCUAAACGAAAGGUUGCAGACCACCAAGGAAUGGUCGGCAAAAAGGGAGACCCGGCGCAAACGUUGAAGCCUACUGCAAAAACAGGGCCAACCAAAGUGCUUAAACCAAGAACGAAAUCCCCCCCUGCUGGCCAUGUGCGUCCCACGAAUAUCCCCCCUCCGUCAAUCUUACUAGAGUUGUUCCCUCAAAUUUUUGAGCGCCUACGACAAGAUGGCGCCGAAGCAAAGAGGAAUUUGCAGGAAAGAGAAAUCCUAGAAUCAGUUUCUCUAUCUAUCAUUAACACUCUAAAAACUGUCGCAAGGGUUAUCGCGGGCCGUACUCUACGAUGGAAAAGGGAUGCGAUUUUGAGUCAGAGCAUGCGAAUCGGCCCUGCACGCUCAGGCAAGACAGGAGGGAUGAAACUGAGUACUGUGAAUAAGAACGAGGACAUUAAAGAGCAACAGGAGGCCGUCGAUGUCAUAAAUAUGUGGCGAGAUCGUGCUGCACUAUUCAACUCCGUUACCCAGGCCGCAGGGAGACGUCCAGUGCAGGCUAUUAUGGAGAACACUCGCGUCACGACUGCCAUGGCCAGCCAUGGAGCUAUAAAGGCUUCGCACGCAUGCGCGCUUUGUGGGCUGAAGCGAGACGAAAGAAUACCCAAGAUUGACGAAAAUGUAGAGGACAGCUUCGGUGAGUGGUGGACGGAGCACUGGGGCCACACUGAAUGCAGACAAUUCUGGGAGGACAACAUGGGCCUCCUUGGACAGCGAUGA